AUGAAUCACAUUGAUAGCGCAUUAAACUUCCAACUUCCCUUCUCCAACACAUCAAAUGCUUUUGAACAAUUUGAUUUCACCCUCAAAAAGACAGACUCCUGUGACUUUCUUAAUUUUGGUAACGUGUUAAAUCCUUUGGCAACACUGACACAUAACAAAAGCAUAGUGAAUAACAAUAAUAAUAAUAAUUCUAAUAAUGCUAAUUUCAACAACAGCAAGGCUCAAAACACUCACAAUGAAGUAGCCCCAUUCCCUUGGCUUAAUCAACAUGAGUAAGAGAAUAAUAAUUAUGGAAACCACUUCUAAGAAGCUAAUAAUUUCAGCUUAAAUUAUGUAAGUAGCUUUCCAGCUGUCUGCGAAAAUAGAAAAAACUACAACCACAAUGACGAAUAUGAUUUUAUGAAUUUAAACUCAGAUGAUAAUGAAAAUCACUUUGACAACAUCAGCAACUUCCACAAUAGCGAAAUGGAUUUCUUUUAGAGAAACCACUUUGAAAGUGAAAUAGAAUAAGUUAAAACUAACCAAUCAUUUUUUAAUUAAGUCCUAACUGAAUAAAAGAAUUAGUAAAUUAAUUUCUUUGAUUAACAGCUUUAAAGCUAAAAAAAUUAAAUUCACAAUAAUUACACUGUCGAGCCUUAAAAUAGUUUCUGUGAAGCUAACUUGCUUAAGAUCGAUGAUUUCAAAGAAAUGCCUCCUGAGAUGAUAAUUGAACCAUACAGCGAAGAAGAAUAGCGCUAAAUUAGAGAAGAAAAUGAAAGACGCGAAAGAGAUGGGCAACCCAAAAUUUGCGAAAGAGACCUUCAUGGAAGAAGAUAUGAAAAGAUUAUUUAAAAGAGACGUGACUACGAUAAGAAUAUUUGUCGUUACAUUGCUCGUUAAAUGAUGCGUUGCUUUAUUUCUGAAGAAUAUAAGGAAAUCAUUCUCAAGCGCUUCUGCUAAGAAAGUGAAGAAACAUAUGAAAAAAUUGUUCCUUUCAUUAGAUCCAGCAUCCCUAAAAUUUCUGGCCACAGAGCCUUCAAAGACUUGCUAGCUAUCCUUAAAGAAGAAGAAGAGGAUGUUAAAUAGCAGAAACUAAUAUUUAGAAAAUUCGCUAAAUGGUUCUUAAGAGAACGCUCCUUAAGAUACAUAAUGCUAGGAAAUUCAGAAGAUAAGACUCAGUAUAUUCGUUUUAAGAAUCAAGUUAUGCUUCAUUUCAUCAAUAAGCCUGAAUAGUGGAACGCUAAUUUGAAAAUCAACCCAAAACCGUUCAAAGUGAGAAAUAUGUCAUUCAACCAAUAUUCCAAUCCAGUUUAUCAAGACGCAACUACUUCGUCUUAAGAUUAAUUCUGA